AUGUCCCCUGCCCCCAACCCGUCAAAGUCUGCGUCGCCGGGCGCCGCAGACCCCAAUCCGCCGACGUAUGCCGCCUUCUCACCCAGCACCCUAGGCCACCUACCCGCCACCACCAAGCAGCGCUCCACCAUCCUCGUCCACCAGAAGUCGCCGUUGCUCGCUGCCACCCCGCCGCAGGUCACCCGUGCCCUCGCCUACUCGCAUCCCUUCUUGCUGCCGCUCAACAAGCUCGUCGGCCUGCUGUCAUGGACCACCGGCGACCCGUGGGAGAGCUUCCUCUUCAUCGCAGCCUUCUGGGCCAUGACGCUGUACGGCGGCACCGUCAUUAGGCUCGCCGGCCCCAUCGUCGCCGUGGCAGCUAUCAUACUUGGCAUGUACACGCGUAGGUACUCGCCGCUCUCCUCCACUGGCUGGACUGGCGAAAAGUCCAAGGGACACAAGAGGGGUGCGUCUGUCGCCAGCGAGAGCCACCAGAAGAGUCUCGAGGACAUUGUGGAUACUUUGAAGCUGUUCACCUCAAGGUGCAACAUUCUGCUGGACCCCUUCAUCCGUCUGACGGAUUUCCUAUCCACCCAGCGCACCGCGACCUCAGCUACGACCAGACCCGCGCUGACCACCCUGUUCAUCCGCAUUCUGUUCCUAACACCAUUCUGGCUGGCCUUUACCCUUCCGCCUCUGCGCGUGCUGACGACCAGGCGCAUUGUCCUUGCCUUUGGGACGAUAAUUCUGAGCUGGCAUUCGCGGCCCGCACGGGUGACCCGUAUCGUCCUCUGGCGCUCCAGGCUCGUCCGCCGUUCCUUGGCCCUCAUCACAGGGCUAGAUGUUGGUGACCCUGAAUCUGCCGCACCUGGCUCCGACAGAGGGAGGCCCCCGCCCCUCCCGCCGCGGAGGAAAGAUGCAAAUACCAUCGCAGCGUCGUUGGCGGCUAAGCACAGGGCAGUCUCGCCGGGCGUUCGCUUCACAUUCGCACUGUUCGAGAACCAGCGCCGAUGGCUAGGGAUCGGAUGGACGUCCUCGUUGCUUGCUUACGAACGAACACCUUGGACAGACGAACAUUUGAACCCCGCACCAGACAAGGAGCAUUUUGACCUCCCGGAAGUUGACGGUGGAAAUGCAAGAUGGCGGUGGGUUGAGGGGAGCGAGUGGAGAGUUGAAUGCGCAGAAAGUGAUGAGGAAGACAACCGGGGUUGGAUCUAUUAUGACAACAAGUGGCGAGAUGGUCGACGCGGGCAAGAUGGCUGGGGACGGUAUACUAGACGGCGCAAAUGGUGCCGUGAUGCCGAGCUCGUGGAGAUCACUCCUUCGACGGACAUCACACCCUCCCCUACGCCCAUGCCACCGGUGAGCGAAGAGCCCACCUUCUCCGAAGCAGAUACAGCAAGGCCCGAAGAGACUCCGUCGGAAUAUUCCAUGUCAACCCGGGAUGAAACUGGAAGCGAUGGCAAAAUGCGCAAGAGACGGUGGUUUGGGCGGCGACCGAGCAGGGCAGCUAGCGAGAAGAGCAUCGCGACCGGAAGCGUCGAUGAUACUGAUGUGGAUAUCCAGAACGAUGAGGAAGACGUCCAUACGCCGCUCCGAUACCAUGCAACCCGAGAGAGCGAAUGGGGCUUGGGAGAUGAGGCGCGAAUGGACCUGGGGUAA